AUGCGUAUUCUUAUCACAGGGGCCGCUGGCUUCAUCGGCCAACUCGUAGCGAAAAAACUUCUCGAUGACGAGAAGGGCGCGCAUUCUCUCAUCCUGACCGACAUCAUCGAACCGCCCAUCCCAGACGCCCGUUCCCGGAGUCAGGCACAAGCCAUCAAGGCAGACUUAUGUACGGAAGCAGAUUCCGUCGUUACCAAAGACAUAGAUGCCGUCUAUGUCUUCCACGGCAUCAUGUCCUCAGGCGCCGAAGCUGAUUUCGAGCUGGGUAUGAAAGCAAACUUUGACGCAACCCGCGCAUUACUCGAAGCCAUCAGGAAGACAUGUCCAGGAGCAAGAGUGAUCUACGCCUCAAGUCAGGCAGUAUACAACAACUCCGUCACACUACCUGUCACGGAAUCUCAAAUGCCGGCACCAGAGACGAGUUACGGUGCGGAGAAGAUGAUGUGCGAGUACCUCAUCACUGAAUACACACGGCGCGGCUUCAUCGAUGGUAUCUCACUUCGCUUCCCUACGGUCUCGGUACGGCCAGGAAAACCAACCGCUGCAGCGAGUUCCUUCAUCAGUGGCAUGAUUCGCGAACCGAUGAAUGGCAUCAAAUGCGUUAUUCCAUUGGAAGACAAGCAAUGGCGACACUGGCUCUGUUCUCCUCGCAUCCUGGUCCAGAAUCUAGUCUACGCGGCUACAGAUUUCGAUAUCAACCGCCUCGCAAAGUUCGACCGCUGCUUAAACUUCCCUGGCAUUGGAGUCUCAGUGCAGGACAUGAUGGAUUCGCUUGCUAGGGUAGGUGGUAACGAUAAGCUUGCAUUGCUAGAGAUGAAGGACGAGCCUACACUCAAGAAGAUACUAUAUUCUUGGCCUGCGGAAUUCGACAAUGCGAAGGCUUUGAAUCUGGGGUUUGCGAGAGAUACUGGGUUUGAUCAGAUUGUAAGGGAUUAUGUGGACGGGUUGGCGCCAAAGGCUAGUGUGAGGGGGGACGAGAGAACGAGCCAGAAGGUUGAGAAUGUACGGGUGAAUGCUGUUGAAGUAGCAGCGUGA